CGGCGUGUUCACAAUUGCACACGCUCUCGGAUCACACGCGCGCGCGGUUGUGCAUAUGCGGUUUACACCAUUGAUACAUCGCGCGCGCCCCGUUGGGGCCCCACUCUCCUGGGAAUAGAGACGGAAUAGAGAUACCCCUCGCGAGUCCCGAGUUUUACUUUCGUUCGCGAUUUACCAUCUCCUCAGUUUGGAUCUGCCGCCUGCGCGCGCGUUCUCGCACACGUGUGCGAAGACCGUUCUUGCGAAAUACGUUCGCGAGGCGGAUGAACACGCCGCCGUGUGUUUGUACCGUGCACGGCGAUUGAUUCUUAAGGAAUUGUCGCGUGUGCGUAUUUUGUUUUCGAAGAACAAACAAAAAAAAAAAAAAAACGACGACGAUGCCGAUUUCCGCCAGGAACAUUUCCGCCACCCGCAGCGGCGGCCUCACGCUCGUCUUCGCAUCGCGAUUCAUCGCUCUGAUAAUGACAACACUCGUCGGAGCUACGACCUUGCCACCCAGGAUGCUGCAGGAUCUGGGCGUGCGAACGAAUCUCUCGAUGGAGAAAUACAAUCAGGCGGAACGAACGAUCAUGAACUCACGUACGCAUUUGAGUCUGGGCUCGCCGUCCUGGUUUCUCGGCGCGUCUCACGAAAUGACCGAGGGCGCGCAGAAUCUGUCGAGACGAGCUCUGCGUAUCGAAACGAUGGCGAUGAUGCUCGUUAAGGCGCUCAACAUGUCGUCCGAACAAGCGACCUCGGUGUUGCCGACGGUCGCGACCGCUCUGUGUCCCGAUUCGCCCAGUUUUUUGCGACUGUUGUCCGAUUGCAAGAAGACAAACGUGCGCUAUCGUACGCACACCGGUCGUUGCAACAAUCCGCUGCAUCCAACUUGGGGCGCGGCGUUGGAAGCUUACGUGAGAUUUUUGCCGCCCGAUUACGAGGACGGUGUCUCGUUGCCGCGCAUCAAAUUGCCGAGCGCCAGAGAGGUGUCGUCGAAGAUACAUUCCGGCGGAUUGGAUCUCAAGCAUCCUUACUUGAUGGCGCUAACCGCGCUCUUCGGCCAGUUUCUCGCCCACGAUCUGGCGCACACGCCCAGAAUGGAAUUGCCGGACGGCGCCCGGCUCAAGUGCUGCGACGUCGACUACGAGAAUUUUCAUCCUGAGUGUUUUCCGAUUCGCGCGGAACAGCCGAUCGGUUGCAUGGAGUAUUCGAGAUCCGCGCCGCAUCCAGGAAACUCGUUACAGGGUUGCAAGUUGGGCCCGCGACAGCAGAUCAACCAGGCGACGUCCUAUCUGGAUCUGUCGCCUCUUUACGGCAGUUCCGAGGAAACCGCCCGAGCUCUGCGUUCGGGCAUGGGCGGUCUGUUGAACACGCAGAGAAAGAAUUUGCCGAUGGCCUCGUCGAGGUACGAGAACUGCAGAAGCGCGAACAAGGCGUUCCCGUGCUUCUUCAGCGGCGACUCGAGAGUAAACGAGAAUCCGGGUCUCACUCUGAUGCACGUGUUAUUCUUGCGGGAGCACAACCGAGUAGCCGCGGAACUGGAACGGUUGAAUCCUCACUGGGAUGACGAAAGACUGUAUCAGGAAGCAAGAAGGAUCGUUAUCGCCGAGCUACAGCACAUUACUUACAACGAGUUUCUGCCGGUGAUUCUCGGGGAGAAAGCCCUGGACAAAUACGAGCUGCGGGUGAAACAGCGGGACUUCUUCCGCGGUUACGACAGUCGCGCGGACGCGACCCUGUCGAAUUCGGCGGCGUCGGCCGGGCUCUUCUUCGUCGCCGCUCUGACCCCGAAAACCCUCGAUCUGGUGGACGUGCGGUCGGCCCACAAAUCCGGGGAAAGGUCCUUACUGUCGGCCUUCUACGCGCCGCAGGAGCUCUACGAGGCGGGCGCGAUCGACCGGCUGAUCGUCGGAGCUACAGCGGGACAUUCUAGGAACCCGCUGCCUCCGGGCUUGAACGAAAUACUUCUGGAGCGAUAUUUUCACGACGGGAAGAGCAACGACGUGCCCGUGGACUACGCCGCGCAAAUUAUUCAGCAGGGAAGAGAUCACGGACUGCCGUCUUACGUCAGAUGGCGAAGGUUCUGCGAUUUGCCGGAGGUCACGAACUUUCAGGAUCUCAGAGGCGCGGUGGCCAAAGACACAAUCGCGAAACUCCAAGCGGUCUACAAACACGUGGAGAACAUAGACCUCGUAACCGGGUUGCUCUCGGAAGCGCCGAUAUCCGAUUCCGUUCUCGGACCGACGUUCGUCUGUCUGUUGGGACGGACCUUUCGAAACAUUCGUUUGGGCGACCGAUAUUGGUACGAAAACGGAAACACUCCGGCUUCGUUCGCGAUCAAGCAGUUGAACGAGAUACGGAAGACCACGAUGGCCCAGAUUCUGUGUCGCAACGGCGACAGACUGCGGUGGAUGCAACCGAGAGCUUUCAUUCUGAAGGAUCCCUUCCUGAAUAACAUGACGAAUUGCACGAACUACGCGAGCGAGGCCAUAAAUUUUGCCGCUUGGAAGGAAAAGAUCUGAGUCUCUCUCUCUCAGUCGUCGAAUUUUAACAAUGCUCAUAUUGUUCCUGACUCUCGUAUGCAUUACAACGAUGCUCUCUCUUUCUCUUUCUCUCUCUCUUUCUCUUUCUCUUUCUCUUUCUGCUAGUUACAUACUUACAUCAAGAAGUGUGCGAACUUCUUUUUCAUAAAAAAAAAAAAAAAAAAAUCAAAAGUUUAAUUCUGACACGUUUGUUUGUGAAAGAGAUUUAAUAACAAGAGAAAUGUAACGUGCGUUGAUACAAAAUAUUAAUACCUCACGUAACGGAAGAAGGAAAGAAAAACGCUGUUAAUGAUCUCCCGUUUGAUUAUACGCGCAUUUGUUGACACACACCUUGUUGUAGUACUACGUAGUAAUUUUAAUCGCAAACCACACACACAUACAUACAUACAUACACACACACACACACACACACACACACGUCAUUGUUGUUAAAGUUUUCUCAGUUGUCUGAUUGAAACACAAAUUUUGGUCAACGAUACAAUCGGGCGAACAAUUUUUUCAGGGCAAGUAUAUACAUACAUAAUUGUAGAUGUAUAAAUUUAAUACGAGAGAACUCUGAUACAUUAUAUAAUUUUCGAAAGAAAACUCGCUCGUCGAGAGUGCGCGAUUAUUUAUGAAGCUUUUCGAAUUUUUGUUUUGUAUAAAAAAAAAUAAAUACUACAUAUAUCGAAGAAAUAAUGUUUCCCUCUACAAAUCAUUAGAGAAGAAUUCUUCUGUUGUCUUUUUUUAAACAAAAACGAUGAAGACAGUGUUUUUACGUUCAGAGACAUAAUUUUAAUUCCUCAUUAAAUUGUUAUCUUGUCAAGAUGUCAUUUCUCAUUUCGCAAGUGGAAAACAAUUUUUCUUUGG